CUCUUUAAAAGCAAGACUUUAGUCUCUGGGGGAAUCGUAGAUGCGGAGUGAGAGCGAGACUCACUGCUGCGAAAUUCUGUGUUCAUGUCCCUCAGUUCUCCUGCCCACAUUUGUCUCAGACACUCACCAAACAACAUGUGUUGCUUGGAUUUUCCGUCGGUUUCCCGCACAUAGUUUAUCCAUCUCUCUCUCUGUCUCUCUCUCUCUUCCCAUUUCUUCAAGCUUUCGCUUUUCUUGCAUGCUAUACAGACCUACAAACGGCUAUGGGCACACUGUAACUACCAGUCUCUGUUGACAGUCUUCCUUGCAUGUUACGAGCCACUGCUUCUUUCAUCAUUGUUUCGUGAUCUUCCUGUGCUGUGGUGGGUUUCUGGGUUUUGAUUCAAUUGGAUUGUUUCUGCUGAUGGGUCCUGUAAGAGGAUUCAGAAAGAGGAAAAAGACAGAGAAGAAGCCUGAAGAGAAUGCUUCUGCUUCUGGGUCCCCGGGGCCGGAGGAGGGGCCUCUAGAUUGGUGGGAUGAGUUCUCACGGAGAAUUCAUGGUCUUCAAUCUCCAUCCAAGAGUCUAGAUAGGUUUGAAUCUGUUUUUAAGAUAUCCAGAAAAACCUUUGACUACAUAUGUUCACUCGUGAAGGAAGACAUGAUGGCUAAGUCUGCACAUUUUGUGUUUGCAAAUGGCAAGCCAUUGUCUUUAUGUGAUCAGGUAGCUGUAGCCUUAAGAAGACUGAGCUCCGGUGAGUCACUAGUGACAGUUGGCGAUUCGUUUGGGUUGAACCACUCAACUGUCUCCCAAGUGACCUGGCGUUUUGUGGAAUCCAUGGAAGAAAGGGGGCUUCAUCACCUGAAGUGGCCUUCAACAGAUACGGAAAUGAGGGAAAUAAAAUCUAAAUUUGAGAAAAUGCGAGGCCUCCCUAAUUGCUGUGGUGUUGUGGAUACAACCCACAUCAUGAUGUGUUUGCCUGCAUCGGAUCCCUCAAGUCACACCUGGCUCGAUCAUGAGAAGAAUCAUAGCAUGGUGUUGCAGGCAAUUGUGGACCCGGACAUGAGGUUUCGAGACAUAGUCACUGGAUGGCCAGGAAAAAUGAAGGACUGGUUGGUAUUUGAGAGUUCAAACUUCUACAAACUCUGUGAUAAAGGGGAGAGGUUGAACGGAAAAGAUUUAGAGCUCUCUGAGGGAUCAGGAAUAAGGGAAUACAUAAUUGGCGAUUUAGGGUAUCCUUUAUUGCCACAUCUUAUCAUUCCCUAUGAAGGGACAGAACUCCCAGAGUCAAGAGAAGAGUUCAACAGGCGGCAUCAUGCCACUCGGAUAGUGGCACAGAGAGCAUUGGCGAGGUUGAAAGACACGUGGAAAAUCAUUCAAGGAGUUAUGUGGAGGCCUGACAAACAUAGGUUGCCGAGGAUUAUUCUCACUUGCUGUCUACUUCAUAACAUUAUUAUUGAUAUGGAUGAUGAGGCGCAGGACGAAGUACCUUUGUCUCACAACCACGACUCAGGUUACCACCAACAGAUUUGUGGAACUGUCGACAUAAAGGGGGUGCAUCUGAGAGAUAAGUUGUCUCUGUACUUGUCGGGAAGGUUGCAUUCUUAAUUUAAAAAAAAAAAAAAAAAAUCAUUUCAUUUCUGCAUUUGAAUUAUUUAGGUAAAGAUUGUUGUCAUUAAUUUAGAAAGAGUUUCUGGAUCAGGAUCUCCUUAGAAUUAUGAAAGUGAAGUCAGAGAUUUAUUUGUUUUAGUCCUAAAUUGUAAAUGAUUUAUAUAGACAUGCAACACAAGGUAAGACA